AAGGCGGCACCAGGUCGGGGUGGGUAGGUAUGCCCUCGGGCUUUGGGUUCGAGGGAGUCAACUCUCUUGAAGCGUAGGGACUGCUGGGGGACGGCUGUGGAAAAGUAAGCAGGGAUGGCAAUGAGCCUGGGAUGCUUGCGAGCGCGGGUUAUAAGCUCGACAAUCGCGCGUCAUUCCCCUGCCUCCCCCGCCGAGUUCCGGGAUGGUUCACGCCAGCAGCGCGCGAGGCUUGAAGAGCAGGACGUGGCGCGCUUCUGUUAGGCAGCUUCCCGUCAGCGCGGCCCUAUGGAUUCCCAGCUGGUUGAGGCUCGCGCUUUGGAAGCCGAGAUCACCGCUUUGAGGCGGGCGUGCGUGGAGCCGCCGGCGCCCGGGGAAGACACCUCCCGAGUUCGAAAAUCAUUUCGAGAAACAUACCAAGCAGAUUCUGAAGGAUGGGAAUUGUCAAAAGAUCUGAGAAGUCAUCUUGGACAUUUAGAAUCAGAAAUUCAGUUUCUAAGUACGCUUACUGGCAUCAGUAUAAGACAUUACUCCAAGAAGACAGAGGACCUAACGAGCACUGAGAUGACAGAAAAGAGUAUAAAGAAAGUUCUGCAGAGACACAGAUUAUCAGGAAAUUGCCACAUGAUUACGUUUCAACUUGAAUUUCAACUUCUGGAAAUCCAGAAUGAGGAGAGUUUAUCUUCUGUUAUUACUGACCUCAGCAUAAUAAUGGAACCCACCGAAUAUUCAGAAUUAAGUGAAUUUGUGUCUAGAGCAGAAGAAAGAAGAGAUCUGUUUAUGUUUUUCCGAAGCCUACACUUCUUUGUGGAAUGGUGUGAAUAUCGUAAGCGCACAUUUAAACGUUUCAAGGGAAAGGAUACACAUAAACAUCAGCCAGAGGAAGGGACGCAUUGGACAGAGUCUAUGAGGGUUCCAAGUGCAGAGCUUCCAUUGUUCUUAGGAUGCGUUACCCGCCCAGCAUUGGUGUAUGACAAGGAAUAUGGGUAUUGCCAACCAGGAAAGCACUACUGAGCCUCACAGUUCAGUUUUUACUGGGGCUUCAUUACAUAUGCAUGAUCAAUUGAGUAUCCCACAUGGUUGAACUCUGCCCCCAGGUUGACUGAUACUAUAUGACACAUCCUAAAUCACAUGGUUGUCUUUCUGGCAUGGCCAACCUAAGACUAUUUGGUAUGGCCCGUCCCACCCUAAGAUUGGAUGUGUUAACCAGCAUUCUAAACAAAGAUAGAGAUUACCUCCUAGAAGCUGACAGCAAAGCCCAAACCCCUCUUUGGUGUCAAAUUCUUUACUACAUAGUUUCCAGUAUAAAAUAUGUUCCAAAGUUAGAUUGUUUUCUACUCCAGAAAGAACUAUUGUGUCCUGGUAGAAAGCUGUUUAGCUUUCACUGAACAGUAAUAAAAGGUGAAAGCUAAGGCUCAAGAGCAGGCAUUUAUCCAAAAUUGAGAGGGUUAUCUCUGUGGAGUUCUUUUUGGUGACCCUGCCACAUUAUCCUUGGUAUCUUUAUAGGGUUUUAUAUCUUUGAAGGUGUCCCAGAAUUUUGCCUUGUGUAGUCAUCUCCCCUUCAGUGUGGGAAUGACCUCUGACUUGUUUCUAAUGAACAUUCUAGGAUUUUAUGGGAAGUCUAUGAUUUGAAUCUCUGUCUCAAGUCUCUGCUUAUGCCUGAAGCCUAGUUGUUUGGUCAAAUGAGAUAAAGAUGUAGUUGCUUGGUCAAAUGAGAUAAAGAUGCGAACCCAAGUACUUCCCGGACUAAAGGCUUAAGUUUAAAGGGAGGGGAAUUAUGACUCAAUAUAAAGAAGGGUUAAUGUUAAAAAUUUAUCGUAUUUGUGAUUUUAAUUUUUCUGAGUAGUACAUAAGUCUAGGUAUAAUAAAUUUGCAACCUAAACAUGUAAGGACAGACAUAUCCAUAAAUGCCGUGCUAUUUACUUGCUAGGCAUACCAGGUUAUACUUAUUUAGGAAAUUGGAAUGCGUAAGAAACUUUGGAUUUUUAGCGGUUAUGAUUUAAUUUUGUUUCCAGCUGCUGUUAUUCUUUAUUUCUAAGAUUUAGAAAAGAUGUAUUUGGAAUCAGGAAAUUGGGGUUUUAGUUCUAGCUUUCCAUGGGUCAUAUGAAUCCUUUGCUAUAGUAAAAGUAUACAGAAGAGACAGGUUCAUUUCUUCUGUUUUUUCCCCAUGGAAUUGGUUUAGUAUGUUACGUGAUAUGCAUACAUCUGCAUUUUGGGUUAGUGGUUCCAACUUGAGGAAUAAAGUAAAAAUGUAUAGUUUUCAGGUAAUAUUUAAACACAUGCUAAACAUUCUCAACCAGUAUUAUUAUAAGCAAAUUUAUUAAAUAUCCUUUAUUUUUAUUUCCUUUCUAAUAUGUUUGCUAAUUAAGCUUGGGUUCAUGGUAUGAUUUGGAUUUAUUUGUUAGUGGUCACAAACACACACAGUUCAGCCUCAGAGCUAAUAUAGCUAAUACCUUGAAGUGUAAUGAGAAAAUUGAUGAAUUUUCAUCUUUUUCUUUCCUGAUAUAAAUAUAUCAUCUGGUUUUGUUUGCAGCUCUGGUAGGAGGUAGAACUUUAUUCUUCCAUCCUCCUAGGGAAAGCAUUGGUGGUUAUUUGUUUUGUUUUCUUUUUAAUGAGAAAUACUUGGGGUAGGCAUGAGUUCCUCUGGACAUUUUUGAGUAACAAAAGAUGGUUGUUAACCUGCCUCCUUACUUGGCCCUGCAGCUGGAGGACAUUUUAUGACGUGUUUAUAUAUACAUGCCUUUAAAGGGAGAGCAGAGGUGACCUCUUCUUCCUAAUAGACAGGAAGAGUUUGACUACUCUAGCCAGAGGAGCCAGGCAGCCAAGUGCCUUCUGAGGGAGGGAGGGAACUCUGCUUCCCACCCUUGUAGGCCAUCUAGAGGUGCUUUGGAAGCUGAACCAUCAAAUAAUGACUUGGAAUAUGUUUGUGGUGGGUAUAUGAUUUAAGCUCCCUCCUCUCUCUCCCUAAUGAAAUCUUUAGUAAAUUCUGUCUUGUUUACUAGUCUUUUGUACAAGUGGAACCUUGCAAGGAACCUGAAGGAUGCUAACUCCAUUCUAGAGGUUCCCCGAGAGAGCUCCAAGGCAUGCGAAGCACAGCUGAUGGCUGGGGGCACAUAUAUCCAGUGGGCUGCUGGGCUGGACAUACUGCAGUAAUUACUGCUUGUAGGGUACCUGUAACUGGCAUGCAGUUUGUUAAAUGCUUUGGUAUGUAUACUAUCUCUACUUGUCCUUAUAACAGCCCUGUGAGAACCACCUUCCUUACAGAAAUGCAGAAAGGGAGGCUUCAAGAAGUAACUUACUCAGAGUCAUCUUGCUUAGUUACGAGUGUGAAGUCAGGCUUCUACCAAGGUAUAUCUGAUUUCAAGUUCCUUGUUACGAACUGCUAAACUGUGCAGGUUUUUUCUUCACUAAGCCUAUUCAUUGAAGAUUAAAAUGUAUUUUCAUUUGUCAAUUUAGGAGGAGAUAAAAAUAGGUGCUCCAGAAUUCUGAAAAUUUGGAGGGUUUUAACUGUGCAAGAGGUGAAAUAAGUAAUUACCACAUCUUUAUAUUAAUAUCACCGUAGGACCUGUUUUCUCCACUCUUGCCAAUCAGUCCCUACUCACACAUCAAAGUACCAUCUCUUUGAAGCCUUCAACUGCUUCACAUCCUGGCCAGAAAUAAAGUCGGCAUAUCUGUGUUCACAUCAUGUUUCAGUUACUGCCACAUUGUAUUUCUUUCUUCCUUUUGUUAGAGUGAGUUAUUAGAUUUUAUUGUCUCUGUUAAAUUUUUAAAUAACAGCUUUAUUGAAAUAAUUCACAUCUCAUGCAAUUCACUUUUUUAAAGUGUACAAUUCAAUAGUUUUUAGUAUUUUCAAACUUGUACAAUCACCACUGUAAUCAAUUUCAGAAUAUUUUCAUCACCCCCAAAAGAAAGACUCUAUCCAUUGUCAGUCAUCCCCCAGUUUCCCUUUAUUCUCCUGCCCCCCAACCCCAGGCAGCCAAUAAUCUUUCUGUCUCUAUAGACUUGCCUCUUCUAGACAUUUUAUAUAAAUGGAAUCAUACAGUAGGUGGUCUUCUGUGACUGACUUCACUAGCAUAACGUCUUCAUGGUUCAUCCAUGUAGUAACAUGUAUCAGUACUUCAUUCCUUCUUUUGGCUGAAUAAUUUUCCAUUGUGUGGAUAUACCACAUUUUGUUUAUCCUUUCAUCAGCUGAAGGACAUU